AUGUCACCAAAGACUAUCGCCGUCAUCGGAGCUCUGGAUGCUGACUUGAUAAUGGUUACGAUCCGCAUUCCUGACCGCGGUGAGAGCGUCUGCGCAAAUCAUUGCCAAGAAGCUCUUAGAGGUAAGGGAGCAAACUCGGUCAUUGCAACCUACAGAACAUGCCAUCAGAGACCACUAAAGAUGAUCAGGGCGGUUGGCGAUGAUAGAUACGGGGAAAGCAUUUGCUUCGUCAUGGUAGAAGACCAGACACGAGAAAACCGCUGUCUUUUCAUGCCUAGUUCUACAGCCACUUGGAGAGAGGAGGACUUCAUCGACGCACAGCAGCUUGGAGGCGGGACACGGCCAGACCUGGUAUUAGCCCAGAUGGAGAUUCACAAGGAAGUUGUUGAAACCAUGCUGAUGGCUUCUGGCAAGGCUGGCAUCGAUUUCUGUCUCAAGGCUGCUCCUGCAAUCCCAAUCAGCAAGCGCCUUUAUCGACACCUGACGCAUUUGCUCGUAAAUGAAUCUGAAGCGGCCAUUAUGUCAGGGCGUGAAAGAGAUGAAGUUAACCUGGAAACAUGGCCAACUAUUGCGCAGGAGUUCUUGAGUCGUGGCAUCAGAAAUGUGGUCAUUACACUGGGAGCAAAAGGUGCAUUCUAUGCCAAUGCUGAGGGAAGCGGCCAUUGCCCUGCAUUCGAUGUUCAAGUUGAGGACACCACCGGAGCCGGUGACGCCUUCGCCGGGGCAUAUGCUUCAGACUACAUGAGGCAAAAGACCACAGGUGGAUGGGAUAACAGAAGUGCAGUUGUUGGUGCAAAUAAGGUUGCUACCAUUACGUUUACGAGUCUAGGGGUACAAGAGGGGAUUCCUUGGUCAGACAACAUUGAUAAUUUUGACGCGCCGGUGAAGAGGCUCGAAUUUAUACGGUCAAAAUUGCCUGCUGGUCUGGGUGGUGGAGCUUGA